CUCGCCAAGUUCUCCUCUCACAGGCUCUCCUUCAACCCAGUCGGGUAUUCUUUGUCACUCUUCCGUAUAGAUAGAUGCUGGUAUAACAUGCCUCUCUGAAUAUGCCCUUUCAUAAACGUUCUCGGUGAUUGCAUUCGUCUUUCGACUCGGCUUCAUCUCGUUGAAAAUGGCCUCCGCGGGGGCCACCGGCGCCUCAGUCACUGAGCUCGCCUCUAAGCUCUACGAGCAUUGCCUAAACAACUACCCUCCUGAUCAACUGUUCUACCAGCAGGACCUGCUUGGCCUCGGCAUAGUCCCCAAGUCGGACCUUGCGCUUCUGCUGCGAUGCACCCAAUCGCUCGUUGAUCAGAAAUUGUUUCGCCUUCUUCAGGGCAAAAAUGACCGAUUGGCUUGGAAGAUUAUCUCACGGGAAGAUGCUGAAAAACUUCAGAACCUGAGCCCGGACGAAAGUUUGGUAUACAACGUGAUCCACUCCACUGGUCGCAACGGUAUCUGGGUCCGUGCGAUCGGAACUCGAACCGGUUUACAUAAGUCUAUCUUAGACCGCUGCCUUAAAUCUUUGGAGGGAAAAAACUAUAUCAAGAGCGUGCACAAUGUCAAAUUCCCAAGUCGGAAAAUGUACAUGCUGGCGGGCCUCGCCCCCAGUGAGGAUGUUACUGGUGGUGCCUGGUUCACUGACGGAGUCCUCGAUGAGAACUUUAUAAACACUGUCGCUGGGUAUAUCGAGUACACAGUGAGCAGAAAGAGUUGGUUUGAAGUUUCAAAUGUGGAUGCGCACCGAACCAAGCGCAUGAAAACUAGCGAUGGUAGCGCGUCCGUCAAACAAGAGGCUGGACAGAAAACAUUUAUUCCUUUUCCAGCCGGUUACCGUGGUUAUCCAACCGUGUCGAUGCUCACAGGUGCAGUUAAUGAGAGUGGAAUUACUCCUGUUCGUCUGGGUGAAGAAAGUAUAACACAACUUCUUGAUAUGCUCUGCUACGACGGUAAGCUGGUGGCCUUGAACAACGGGGAGAUGUACAAGUCGGUCAAGAACCCAGAAGCUGUUAAGCAGUCGCAAGCGCGCAAGCCCGCAGGCGAGGAUAAGGGAAUCGACGACCGGCUGGUAACGAACGGCAUGACAGAGGCACCUUGCGGUACCUGCCCAGUGUUUAAGCUUUGUGCCCCUGGAGGAGCCGUGAGCCCAGAGAGCUGCGAAUACUUUGACCCUUGGCUGGAAAAAGCUCUAGGGUUUUAGGUCUUCGUUGACCCUAGAUCCUCUUGUUAUUUUAUUUUUAUUAUGUACAAUGAGCGCAACGGCGCCAGUCAUGUUUGCUUGCAUAGCGAUGGCGUUUCACGAAUCUUGGGAUUGGCUAUGGUCGAGGCCUCAUCUUCUCUUGCGG